AAAAAAGACACGGAAAGUCGAGCAGAGAACGUCAUGAGACCGUCUUCAAGCAAGAAAUAGUCGGUACCCCAGAUAGGUAUGGCUGUAUCAAGCUGGCUGUAUGGGCUGGCGGGAGUUGCAGCUGGGGCAGCCAUUCUCUGCAACCUACCCACCAGACUAUGGCUUCCAGCAGAGAGAGCCACUCUCCAGUAUCUAGCAGCCACAAAGCUACAAACACUCGACAACUCCAAGAAAGUCUUCCAGGCCAGUGAUUUGUGGCAAAACAAUGGCGUUGUGAUCAUGGCUGUGAGGAGGCCUGGAUGAUCCUUGUGCAGAGAGGAAGCCUUAGGGCUGUCCUCUCUCAAGGCUGAGCUCAACACUCACGGUUUCCAGCUGUAUGCAGUCGUACACGAGAACCGUGGAGUUGAUGAGUUUAGGCCAUUCUUCAAAGGAGAAAUUUUUCUGGAUAAAGAUCGUAGAUUUUACGGCCCCAAAGAGCGUUGGAUGUUCUUAACUGGUCUGUUCAGACUUAGCUUCUGGCAGAGUGUGUACAGAGUUCAUCAGAAGGGUGUGGCUGGAAACCUGGAGGGAGAGGGUAGACUGUUGGGAGGUGUGUUUGUGCUGGGCUCAGGCCAGCGAGGUGUCCUGAUGGAGCACAGAGAGGGAGAGUUUGGGGACCAUGCUAAUUUAACAGAAGUUAUGAAUGCUGUCAAGGGGUCAUCUCAGAAAUCCAAUUCCAGGUUAUAAUCAUGACUCAACUGUAAAACUUAACAGAGUUAAUUAUUUUUGAGUUUGAAUUUGGUGCUAAGUGGUAUGUGCUAUUAAAUUAAUUGGUCUUGUGUACCUGUGGCAGUACCACCAAAGGGUAAUUUAUUCCAUAAUCUGCUAUUAUCUUGCAAACCAUGUGUAUCGUGUGUAAUCAGUAUGUAAUUAGAGAAUUACUAUAUGUUGUAGCGAGACUGAAAGGAUAACAGUUCAUAUAAAUAAUUCUUACUUCUUAAGUUUUUUUUAUUGUUUGAAGCAUUUAGAAACCUUUCAACUGAUAGCAAGCUGUGGUGAGGUAUUCCUGUGAGUGAUGAUGUUGUACACUGAAACUACUGGUGUAUGUCAGAGUUUGACCAGGUGUUGCCUUCAUAAAGCUAAAAGUGUGAAAUAGGUUUGCAAAUGUAGUCUGCAAUAAAAACUUUUGAUUUUUAUAAUUCUAUA